UAUGUUUACAAUGAUACCUCAAGAUAUAGCUAAAGGUAUAGCUGAAGGUGAUCUUGAUCCAUUCACCAAAAUGCCAUUUCAGGGGACUGCUAGUGCCAACACAACUUUCAAACUCAAGAAUUUUGAUCUUGGAAGCGUAAAGAAAAAGCUAGAUUUGCCUGUACAGAAGAAUCUUCUGACUCAGUACUUCUGUAUCCUUCUAUUCCUUUUUCCCUGGUUUGUGUAUGUAAUUUUAGUCUGAAAUGUUUCAUAUCAUGGACAACAGUUCAUGUACAUAAAUAUAACUGGUUUAUUUCAUUAA